UUGUUUGUUUACAUCAGUUUUGGCGCGAAAAUUACUUGGCUUCCCACGCUCAAGUUUUUUUCUUAAAAAGUUGUAAAUUAUCAAGUUUGUGGAUGAUGAAGGCCGAGUUGCUGUAUGUGGACUUAGAGAACUUUAAGUCCUAUAAUGGGUGCCACCGUCUAGGACCUUUAGACCCCUUCACAGCUAUUAUUGGACCUAAUGGAGCAGGAAAGUCCAACUUCAUGGAUGCCAUAUCGUUUGUCAUGGGUGAGAAGAUCUCGAGCCUACGAGUUAGACAGUUGUCUGAUCUAAUUCAUGGUGCUUCCAUUGGCAAACCCGUCUCGCAUUCGGCACAGGUAACAGCAGUAUUUCGUUUGGAAGAUGGCAAGGAGCAGCACUUCACCCGUUUGAUUCAGGGAUUAUCAUCAGACCACAAGGUCAAUGGCAAGCCUGUGAGCGGCAAGAUGUACAUGAAGGAACUGGAAGAUCUGGGGAUAAACGUGAAGGCCAAAAAUUUCUUGGUGUUCCAGGGAGCAAUAGAGUCCAUAGCGAUGAAGAAUCCCAAGGAGAGAACAGUGCUCUUUGAAGAAAUGUGCGGGUCUGUGGGGCUGAAAAGAGAAUAUGACAGGUUGAAGGCUGAGAUGCUGCAGGCCGAACUGGAUACCAGUUUUACAUACAAGAAGAAAAAAGGGAUCACAGCUGAACGUAAGGAAGUUGAGCACGACAAGGAGGAAGCUGAGAAGUACCAGAGGUUAAAGAAUGAACUGAGAGACAAAAAAUGGGAUCUACAGCUAUUUCGUCUAUUUCACAACGAAAGGGAAAUUGGCGAGCUUAAACGAGACUUGGAGAAGAUGAAGACAGAUCUCCAGAAAAGGAAGCAGAAUAAAGAAAAGGCAGAGGAAGCAGUGAAAGAAAAGAAAAAAGAAAGAAGCCCCAUGUCUGCAGAAAUGGCCAAAAUGGAAGAGAAAAUCAGAGAGAUGGAAACUGAAGUAAAUAAAAAAAGAAUGGCUGUUAUUAGUGCCAAGGUAAAAACAGCUCACCUACAGAAGACUAUCGAAAUGGACCGCAAGUCACUUUCCCAGGCCACGAAGGCACACCACUCUCACGCUGACACCAUCAAAGAUUUGGAGGAGAAACUAGAGGAAGUACAGAAGAAAAGGGCCGAGUUUGAAGUUAAGAUCUCUGAGGAAACUGAGAGUCAGGGCAAAAGUAUCGAGCUAGAAGAAGCAAAAGUCAGAGAGUAUAACCAACUAAAGAGCACUGCAGCAGCCCAGUCAGCACAGUACAUACAGGAGCUGGCCUCUCUUAACCGAGAGCAGAAACUGGACCAAGAUCGCCUCAGUAAUACCCAGCGGUGUAUCUCUGAGAUCGAGCAUAAAGUGGAACGAAAGGGACACGAGAAAGAAGAGGCACAGAAGAGAUUAGAAAAGUUAACUGAGUACAUAGAUCAGUCUGAAGCAACACUGGAGGAUCAGAAGAGGAUAAGACAGGAAUUGGCAGACAAUGUUACACAAAGCAAUGAAAGAUUAGAGGUGAUCAAGCAGGAACUGGAGAGUGUAACUCAACAGCUGGAUGAAGCUCAGACAUCCCACCAUGAUGCUGUCAACCGGAGUAAACAGCAGGAGGUUGUUGAAAAACUUCAGCAGCUGUAUCCUGGUGUUUAUAACCGUAUGGUUAAUUUGUGUCAUCCCAUUCAUGAAAGAUAUAAACUUGCCAUCACAAGAAUCUUUGGCAAGUACACAGAUGCCAUUGUCGUUGACACGGAGAAGACAGCUCAAGUGUGUUUGCAGUACCUCAAGGAUCAGGCUGUGGGCCGAGAAACUUUCCUUCCGCUUAACUAUAUUACUGUGAAGCCUCUCAAGGAAAGGCUAAGGAACAUAGCAGAGCCAAGAAAUGUAAGGCUACUCUAUGAUCUCGUGCGUUACAAUCCUCCGGAAAUACAAAAUGCUGUGCUUUUUGUGGUAAAUAGUGUACUUGUUUGUGAGACUGUUGAGGAUGCUGCAAAAGUGGCCUAUGAGAUGGAGGAUGGACAUAAGUAUGAUGCUGUGGCUCUGGACGGAACCUUCUUUUCCAAAUCUGGCCUCAUUACUGGAGGUACUUGUGAAUUGGAAAGAAAGGCCAGGAAAUGGGACGAGAAGCAUCUGUCCGACCUGAAAUCGACCAGGAAAAAGUUAUCAGAGGAACUGCGAGAAAUUACAAAGAAGUCUUACAAGAGAUCCGAACUUAACACAGUUGAGGCUAAAAUUGAAGGCAUUGAAACUCGACUCAAGUAUGCGAAGAUUGACAAGGAUUCCACAGAAAAACUGGUUUUACAGCUACAGAAAGACCUAGAUAGCCUAACAGAAGAACUGCAUGGCUUUCAGCCACAGCUGCAGGAUAUAAAUAAAACUAUGGCAGAGCGUGAGACCCUCAUCAGUGACACAAAAAAGAAAAUAAAUAGUGUAGAAGAUGUCGUCUUUGCCGACUUUUGCAACUCUAUCGGAGUCGGGAACAUUCGUCAGUAUGAAGAGCAAGAGCUGCAGAUCCAGACUGAUCAUGCCAGCCGGCGUUUGGACUUUGAAAAGCAAAAAAAUCGUAUCCUAAAUCAAUUAGAAUAUGAAAAAACACGAGACACGCAGAAAGCCGUGGAAAGAUGGGAACGCACUCUGAAAGGUGAUGAAAAGAUUCUGGAGGAAGCCAAGCAGGUAGAGCAGAAAAAGCUUGACGACAUUGACAAGUCCAUGAGAAAUCUGGAGAGAAAGCGAGCUGAGAAAUUUGCAAAGAAAUCAAAAUUCGACGAGAUGGAUGUAGAGAUCGCAAAGGCAGAGAAAGUUUUGGUAGCAGCUGCCAAGAGUGUCCAAAGUUUGCAAAAACACAUUGGCUCAGUCGAAAAUAAGAUGGAGCGGAAGAGAGCGGAAAGGCACUCAAUUCUGAAGCAGUGUAAGAUGGAAGACAUUAGGGUGCCCAUGAUACAAGGCAACUUGGACGACGUUGAGAGAGAAGAUCAGGGGGCAUCUGCAUCCACGUCAGAAUAUUCAUCCGAGAUCAGCACCCGUGUGGUGUAUGAGAGAGAGGAGAGGAUCGUGGUGGACUACUCUGCCCUGCCUGACUCCCUCAAGGACCUGGAUGACAUGGAUGAAGUCCACACAACUGAAGAAGACAUGGCUAAGCAAAUCACCGAUCUCGAGAACACCUUACAGCGUAUCAAGGUGCCCAACAUGAAGGCUAAGGAGAAGCUGGGCGAGAUGAAAGAGAAACUCGAGGAGACAAACUAUGAACUUGCCACUGCCCGAAAACACGUUAAAAAGACCCAGCAGGCAUUCGAGAGAGCCAAAAAUGCUCGAUAUGAUCUCUUCAUGACAUUCUUUGAGCACAUCUCCAAUGAGAUUGAUGGCAUUUAUAAGGCACUGACCAAGAAUUCCUCUGCUCAGGCCUAUCUGGGGCCAGAAAAUCCAGAAGAGCCUUACCUUGGUGGCAUCAACUACAGUUGUGUUGCACCUGGCAAAAGAUUCCAGCCAAUGUCUAACUUAUCUGGGGGAGAGAAGACCAUUGCAGCUUUGGCACUACUAUUUGCUAUCCAUAGUUAUCAUCCUGCUCCAUUCUUAGUGCUGGAUGAAAUUGAUGCAUCCUUGGACAAAACCAACAUCAGCAAGGUAGCAUCUUAUAUCACAAAGAUGAAGACGCAGCUACAGAUCGUUGUCAUUUCGCUGAAAGAACAAUUUUAUAAUAAGGCUGAUGCCAUUAUAGGAAUUUGCCCUGAUCUUGGUGACUGUGUGAUGAGCCAGAUGAUAUCUGUGGACUUGAAGAAAUAC